AUGUCAUUAAGCACUGCAAUAGCCUUAUUGCUACUUUCUUCGAAUGCCUCCAAGAAGGCCAGCGAAAACACAACCCUACCCCAAAUGGUGAAUAACACUUUUGUCGUGGAAAUUGUCAGCAGCAUUCAUCAUUUGUAUCAAUUUGAAAAUUUUGUAUUUUUCAUAUCACCAAAUCUGGCUUUGAACAGCCAAAUGGCAGAGGAUUUUUUACAAGAAUUUUGGCAGGGGUUUCCCAUGGUCUCCAGUGUCUUAAUGAUAAAUAAUAAUCAAUCGAUGAGGGGCUUCUUAAGCACCUCUUCUUUGUGCAUGGUGCUGACCACCCAUCAGGAGGAUCCCAUCAUGAAUAUGGCUGCUGCAAGCAUGGAGGGAGUCAGAUAUUUGAAGACCAUCUUCAUAUUUUUCCCCAUGGAAAAAAGAAGAAAAACUAAGGACAAGCUGCAAGAGUAUGUAUUCUUCGAGACAAUACAGUUGCUCUACGAAUGGAUAUGGAAGACUCAAUUCAUCAAUACGGUGCUGGUGACCACACAGAACAAUGUCUUCAUACAAGAGCCCUAUCCCGUGACCAAUGUGAUCAACUUGACUGCACAGUGGAAUGUGCGCAACUUCUUUGUGCCAUAUCGCAGUAACUUUAAGGGUUAUGUGGUAAAAACUCCCCUACGCCAUGAUCCUCCACGAAUAUUCUAUAUGACCCGUAGUCCUUAUGGUUUUAGAAAAAACCACAGGGUCAGCGGAGUUUCGGGCAAAUUAUUCAUGAGCUUCUUGAGUUAUAUCAAUGCCACCUACGCCAAGAAUGAUAAUGACCAACUGGAGACAGAGCCAGUAAAGUUGGAUCGUAUUAUUGAAAUGGUGGAUAACCAAGAAUUGGAGGUAAGCUUGCAUUCGUACACGGAUAUGCUGAAAUCCCAGGCAGGUAAUAGCUAUCCCAUAGGCAUUAAUGACUGGUGCAUUAUGGUGCCCUAUCGCAAUCGUUCGCCAGAGCAUCUCUAUUUGAAGAAGAGCUUUCGCAGGUACACUUGGUGGUUGUUAUUUCUAAGUAUUGGCUAUGUUACCCUAGCCAUAUGGCUGUGUACUCCCUCCGAGAGCCGGGAUCUAGGCCUAUCCUUUGUACAGACCAUAAAUUCCUUGCUGCUCAUUGUACCUUUGAAAUUUUUGACUCUACCCAUAUUUCGCAUGCGUUAUAUGUUCAUCGUGCUGUUUGUAUGGGGCUUCUUCGUUUCGAAUUUCUAUUUGACCAAGAUGGCCAGCUACCUGACCGCUUCGCCAGAGAUACCACAAAUAAACACCUAUGAGGAUGUCAUCGCCGAGAAAUUACCCAUAAUGGUUAUGCCAUAUGAGUACGCCAUCAUGCAGUCCUACAAUUUCCCCCAAGCUUUUAUGGACCUAGUGGUGAAUGCCAGUGACAAAUUGGAAAUGGACCAGCAUAGGGAUAACUUCAACACGUCCUAUGGCUAUAGCACUCAAACAGACCGCUGGAUUUUUGAAAAUUUACAACAGCGUUAUAUGAAGUCUCCACUUUUUCGACUCACCGACAUGUGUAUAGGUCCCUUCAAUCAUGUGUUUCCCAUGUUAAGAGAUUCGCAUUUUCAGCAACCUUUGGAGACAUUUAUUUUGACUGCCGUACAGGCGGGUCUUAUGCGCCAUUGGGAACGAAAAGCAUUUGGAGAUGCCUUAUACUUGGGCUAUGCGCACUUGAUCAUGGUAGAUGAUCCAGAAAAGCCUCUGACAAUGGAUUUCUUUCGUUCCAUAUGGAUAGUGUGGUGGUUGGGUAUGGUUACAAGUGGACUGAUACUAUGUUUGGAGAUAAAACACAUCAGCUGGCAGAGAAUCAAAACAGUUUGCGGCCAAGUAGCCCAUAGGAUUUGCAAUAAAAUCUUUGGUACCGUUACUCAAUGGAAAGAGAGAAUAUAA